UCUCCGCUGCUAGCCGGGCACAGUGACUCUCAAGGCUCUUCCCUACCACGGUUUCAGGGCCCGGGCCUGCUGAACACUCCGCUUCGGAAGUGACGUUUCCCAGAGGGGCCGGAAGCGGCAGUGGAGGGAGGGAAGAUGGCGGAGGUGGUGAGUCCGGUGCCCGGGGCGGGGCGGAGGGAGCCAGGGGAGGUGGGUAGAGCCCGAGGCCCCCCAGUAGCCGACCCUGGCGCCGCGCUGUCUCCCCAGGGGGAGAUAAUCGAGGGCUGCCGCCUGCCCGUGCUGCGGCGCAACCAGGACAACGAAGAUGAGUGGCCCCUGGCUGAGAUCCUGAGCGUGAAGGACAUCAGUGGCCGGAAGCUCUUCUAUGUCCAUUACAUUGAUUUCAACAAACGCCUGGAUGAAUGGGUGACCCACGAGCGGCUGGACUUAAAGAAGAUUCAGUUUCCCAAGAAAGAGGCCAAGACUCCUACCAAGAACGGACUUCCUGGGUCCCGCCCCGGCUCUCCAGAGAGAGAGGUGAGGAAGACCCUGGACCUAUCUCUACAGCCGGCCUCCGCCCAGGCCAGCGGGAAGACCUUGCCAAUCCCGGUCCAGAUCACUCUCCGCUUCAACCUGCCCAAGGAGCGGGAGGCCAUUCCCGGUGGCGAGCCCGACCAGCCGCUCUCCUCCAGCUCCUGCCUGCAACCCAACCACCGCUCCACGAAACGGAAGGUGGAGGUGGUCUCCCCAGCAACUCCAGUGCCCAGCGAGACGGCUCCAGCCUCAGUUUUCCCCCAGAAUGGGUCAGCUCGUAGGGCUGUGGCAGCUCAGCCAGGUCGGAAGCGGAAAUCCAAUUGCUUGGGCACUGAUGAGGACUCUCAAGACAGCUCAGAUGGAAUACCAUCCGCACCACGCAUGACUGGCAGCCUGGUGUCUGACAGGAGCCACGACGACAUCGUCACCCGGAUGAAGAACAUUGAGUGCAUCGAACUGGGCCGGCACCGCCUCAAGCCCUGGUACUUCUCCCCAUACCCCCAGGAGCUCACCACGCUACCUGUCCUCUACCUGUGUGAAUUCUGCCUCAAAUACGGACGCAGCCUCAAGUGUCUGCAGCGUCACUUGACCAAGUGUGACCUGCGGCAUCCUCCUGGCAAUGAGAUUUACCGGAAAGGUACCAUCUCCUUCUUUGAGAUUGAUGGACGGAAAAACAAGAGUUAUUCACAAAAUCUGUGUCUUUUGGCCAAGUGUUUCCUCGACCACAAGACAUUAUACUAUGAUACAGACCCCUUCCUCUUCUACGUGAUGACAGAGUACGACUGCAAGGGCUUCCACAUUGUGGGCUACUUCUCCAAGGAAAAGGAAUCCACAGAGGAUUACAACGUGGCAUGCAUCCUGACUUUGCCUCCUUACCAGCGCCGGGGCUAUGGCAAGCUGCUCAUUGAAUUCAGCUACGAACUCUCUAAAGUAGAAGGAAAGACAGGGACUCCGGAGAAGCCCCUGUCAGAUCUUGGCCUUCUGUCCUAUCGAAGUUACUGGUCCCAGACCAUCUUGGAGAUCCUGAUGGGUCUGAAGUCGGAGAGCGGGGAGAGGCCACAGAUCACUAUCAACGAGAUCAGCGAAAUAACCAGCAUCAAGAAAGAGGAUGUCAUCUCCACCCUGCAGUAUCUCAAUCUCAUCAAUUACUACAAGGGCCAGUAUAUCCUCACUCUGUCAGAGGACAUCGUGGAUGGGCAUGAGCGAGCUAUGCUCAAGCGACUGCUUCGAAUUGACUCCAAGUGUCUGCACUUCACUCCCAAGGACUGGAGCAAGAGAGGAAAGUGGUGACCAGGCACUGCCCACUACAGCACCAAGAACUGGCUGAACUGGGGCUGACACUGUUCUAAACCCACUUGAGCUCCCAAGAGAGACCAGGGAGACAAGACUGAGGACAGCUCCAAAAGGAGAACCCUGGGAGGAGCCACCUAGUGCCAAGGCGAGCUCAGGGCAAGGUCAGCUCCAAGGUCAGCUGGCUAAUAGGCCCAGAUCCGCUCUGAACCCAGGGACCAGGUGGGAGCCAGGCAGCUGUGUACAGUAAGACAUAGGUGGGGCACUCUGUACAGGACUGGUGAUUGUAAAAAGUUCUUUUUGUAAAGUAGGAGCUGGGGCAUGGGGUGGGUGCUGGUUGCAAAUUCUGGUCCCUCUUGCCCCCAGCAAUAAACUUUCUACAGGCA